AUGUUCCAGGUAUCAUAUUUUCACCACAUCAAAUCAGCACUGAAGGAGUCUUAUUUACUAACAGACAUCAAUUUGCCACUAGAGCAUUACCUAGCCCCUCUACACCUCGCUGCCCGCAGCUCAGAGGCUUCUUCCCUUCCAUUCAAAAUCUCCUUGAUUCCCUUCCCGUCUGGAACGGGGCAUAUGAUAACGUCCCUGAGGCAGAAUGAGAUUGACGUUGCGAUUGGUUUGACUGAAGGUUGGGUUGCAGGGCUAGUCGGCAAACCACAGCUAGAAAAGGGAGAGAAGGAUGGUGGUUACAAACUUGUUGGCCAAUGGGUUGAAACCCCAUUGAGGUGGGCAAUUGUUACAGGUCAUGACAGGAAGGAGAUUCAGAGUAUUAGCGAUCUCAAAGGAGGACGAGUGGGGGUGUCUCGUUUGGGCAGUGGCUCCCACAUUAUGGCCUUCGUCUUGGCCCAACAGCAAAGCUGGCCAUCCUCGUCACCCCUUAUCCCGACUAUCUUAGGACCGUUCCCUUCCCUGCGAGACGGAGUAACUGGUUAUAACCCUGAGCAGCCAGAUGCACAACCAACCCCUACAGCGGAUUUCUUCAUGUGGGAACAGUUUACUACGAAACCAUACUUUGAGCCCACUACCGCCUUUCCGAAGCCACCAUUGAAAAAGAUUGGAGAGAUCUAUACUCCCUGGCCAUCCUGGCAGAUUGCAGCUUCAACUCGUACAUUCCCAUCUCCAGAGUCGGACAGCCGGCUCACGCAGCUGUUCAGCCUGCUAGACUCUGGCAUUUCCACUUUCCUGGCAGAUUCAGAAAAGGUAAUUCAGCAACUUGGAACUGGCGAAUUCGGCUGUACAUAUUCCGAGUCAGACGCUAGGGAAUGGCUUAAGGAUGUACGGUUUGUCAAAGGUAGUACCAGGGGUGCUGAGAAACACAUGAUCGAAGGUGUCAUCAACGUACUGAAGACUGCUGGCGUGAUCCCCGAAGAUAUCAGCAAUGAUGAAGCAGUCAAUAGGGUAAUUGGCAUCCAAGCUAGUCAGUAG